AUGAGCGGGAACGUUGCAGGGUUAAGGGGGGAGGCGAUUUCAGACCUCUUGACCUGUUACGUCAUGAAGUUGUUGAUGAGUGACCACGAUGUGGAGCUUGUGAACGACAACAUGCAGGAGUUUCAUAUAAAAUUUUAUGGGCCCAAGGAUACGCCGUACGAGAAGGGAGUGUGGAGGCUCCAUGUGGAGUUACCGGAUAACUAUCCAUACAAGUCGCCGAGCAUAGGGUUUGUAAAUAAGAUAUACCACCCGAACAUCGAUGCGGCAUCGGGCUCGAUUUGUUUGGAUGUGAUCAAUUCGACGUGGUCUCCGUUGUACGAUCUUUUGAAUAUUGUAGAGUGGAUGAUUCCGGGGCUUUUAAAGGAGCCCAAUGGCUCGGACCCGUUGAAUAACGAGGCAGCGACCUUGCAACUGAAGGAUAAGGACAUGUACGAGCAGAAAAUCAACGAAUAUAUCUGUAAGUAUGCCACGAAGGAGAAGUAUAUCCAGCAGUUUGGCAAGUGGAACGCGAGUGACGACACGGAUGAUCAGGAGGAGGACGAGGACAUGGACGAAUCUGAAGAUGAGCAACUUAACGAUGACAAUGACAGCAUAGAGUUGAGCGAUAUAGAAAUCAGUGACGACGACGACGACGAAGAAGACGAUGACGGCGAGGAGUAG